AUGUCGAAAACGACGACAGAAACAGUUGCUGCCAAAGCGACAGUUAAAAAAGUCAAUCCAAUCAAAGAUUUCAUUGCUGGUGGAGUCGGUGGUGCUUGUCUUGUUAUCACUGGCCAUCCAUUAGAUACGAUUAAAGUUCGAUUACAAACACAAACAAAACCUCAACCUGGACAAGCGCCACUAUACACUGGCACUUUCGAUUGUGCAAAGAAAAUUGUAUCCAAAGAAGGCUUUUUUGGUUUGUACAAAGGCAUGGGUGCCCCACUUGUUGGUGUUACGCCAAUGUUUGCCGUCUGUUUUUUUGGAUACGGUAUUGGAAAAAAAUUACAAACACCCUCAGGUGAACACGGUGAAUAUACCUUAACCCAAAUAUUUGCGGCGGGUAUGCUAUCGGGUGUUUUUACAACUGUGAUCAUGGCUCCUGGCGAACGGAUCAAAUGUUUAUUACAAAUUCAACAUGCAGGUCACGAAAAGAAAUACAAUGGUCCGAUGGAUUGCGCCAAGCAAUUAUAUAAGGAAGGUGGUAUUCGUAGUAUUUACAAAGGAACAGCUUUGACUUUGAUGAGAGACGUACCUGCAUCUGGUGUUUAUUUUGCUUCAUAUGAGUAUUUGAAGAAGGCAUUGAGACCAGAAGGACAAUCUGACUUAGGCGCAUUGAAAACAUUGCUUGCUGGUGGUUUGGCUGGUAUCUGUAACUGGGUUGUGGCCAUUCCACCUGAUGUGCUUAAAUCAAGAUUUCAAACAGCUCCUGCCGGUAAAUAUACGGGUAUCGGCGAUGUGCUAAGAGAACUAAUACGUACGGAAGGAAUCAGAUCUCUCUACAAAGGUAUCGUGCCUGUGAUGUUACGAGCAUUUCCAGCCAAUGCUGCAUGCUUUCUCGGUUAUGAAGUGACAAUAAAAUUUCUCGAUUCACUAUGGCCAAACUGGUGA